AUGAUUCGUGGAAAUUACAGUCUCGCCAAAGAAGUUCGGAAGAACGAACAGAAGCAUAAACAGAAGCUACAGCAAAAGCAGAAAAAUGCCCACCUCAACAAAACACUCCAGGAUGUGAACCCUGUCCAGCUCUACUACCAAAUCGAGAGACUAGAAAACUCCACAGACUUGGAUCACCACCAAAAAAAGAGGCUCGAAAAGCUACGAUCAGACUGGGCAUUUAUUCGAAAGAACAAAUUGCACAAGGAGAAGAUAGAUGAGCUACUAAAGAGAAUCGAGAAGGACAAGCUCGCAAAGGAGAAGGAGGAAAACAGACUAAAAGGUAAAGAGUCCAUAUAUUUCAAUCCGGAGCUCAAUCCUUUGGGGAUGGUUCCGACCAUGAGUGAUGCGGUCAAUGGGCUGUCAAGUAGAUUACCUAAUGCCUCCAAACCCUUGAAACAUCGCACUGUUUAUCAGCCAGAUCCAAUUAUUGCUCAAUUGAAUAUUCAGCCACCGAAUGGAUCCCCUCCACAAUUUUACAAACAAGUCCAGAAUACUGUAUUGACUAGUUUCACGUCAACUAUACAGGGUCUGCCUCCUCCAAGCUCUAACAAGCGGAAGCAUAGCACAAUUAACAGUGAUGAUAAAAAUCAUGACGAAAGUGAUGGGCCAAAUAAUUUUGAUUCUACAGACGACGAGAGGUGA